AGCCGGUGGGAAACAUGUCCGUGUCCAGCAGCAGCUUCAAACCUGUGAACCAUGUCCUCUUCGACAUGGAUGGAUUAUUAUUAGACACAGAGCGGCUUUACACCGUGUCCUUCCAGGGCAUUUGCGACCGCUUUGGAAAGCAGUACACGUGGGACCUGAAGUCCACGGUGAUGGGUAAAAAGGCUCUGGAUGCUGCCCAGAUUAUCCGGGACGCUCUUGAACUCCCCAUGACAGCUGAGGAGCUCCUCGCCGAAAGCAGACAAAUACAAGAAAGCUUAUUUCCCUCUGCCAAACUCAUGCCAGGUGUGGAGAAACUCGUGCGCCAUCUCCAGAAGCACUCUGUCCCCAUUGCUGUGGCAACCAGCUCAGCUGGUGUGACGUUCCAGUUGAAGACGAGCCAACACAAAGCCUUCUUUAGUCUUUUUGACCACAUUGUUGUGGGGGACGACCCUGAGGUGAAAAACGGAAAACCCAAGCCCGACUCCUUCCUGGUCUGUGCCAGCAGAUUCAACCGUCCAGCGCCCCCAGAGAAGUGCUUGGUGUUUGAAGACGCUCCCAACGGCGUGAAGGCAGCACUGGCGGCAGGGAUGCAGGUGGUGAUGAUUCCCGAUGACAACCUAGACCCCAGCCUUACCCAGGAGGCCACGCUGCGACUCAGGAGCAUGGAGGAGUUUCGGCCGGAGCUCUUUGGCUUGCCGGCUUACGACUGAGCCAGAAACCACACAACAAGUCUUUGUGUCUGAGUCCUUCCUUAUUCCACAGUGAUAAUCAAAUCGAACGACACGCUGACUGUUGCCCUGCAUGCCUUAUACCCCGCUAUUAGUAUAUAGUAAUGCUAUUUAUAUGACAUUCAAUCGUUUUCUGACAGAUGAGACAAAACGUCACUGAAUAAGACCUUUAAGCUGUUAGAUCUCAGGUCGGUUUAUGGGCAAUCUAUCUCAGGACUCCCUACUGAAAGCUUUUUUUUUUUUGAUAGAGCACAUAUAUUUUGUCAAUUGGCGUUAGGGGUGUGCAGAUAUUUAGAUAGUUAAAGAUUAAAUAUUUGAACGGAGAUUUCAUUUGUGCCGUGUCGAAAAAUGUAAAUGUCAUUCACCUUCAUUCUACUGUAAAAUCCCCAAAAGACCCCAACCUUUUGGCUCAUAAAUGUAGAACCACAAAGAAUUCACACACACACACAUGCACAGUGCACAUUCAGAAAUUAAACAUUUAUACGCCCUUGCAUUGUUUUCGCAAUAAAAACUCGGCUUCGUGUCUGUAAAAGCACUUUUGUCUUCGCUGUGUGCAUUUCCAAAAUAAAAUGACUCCACGCUGUGGUUGG